AUGAAGGGACUCCGAAGUCUGGUGGCAACAACCUUGGCUCUUUUUCUAGUGUUUUCUUUCUUAGGAUGUUCCAGCAGUGCGCCACAGCGACUCUUUGAGAGAAGGAACUGGACUCCUCAAUCUAUGCUCUAUCUGAAGGGCGCACAGGGGCGCCGCUUCAUCUCGGACCAGAGCCGGAAGAAGGACCCCUCCGACCGGCCGCCGCCGGAAAGGCGAAGCCCAAAUCCCCAACUACUAACUCUUCCAGAGGCAGCAGCUCUGCUCUUAACUUCCUUGCAGAAACCACAAGAAGAUAGAGAAGAAAACUUUGAUCAAACCAGUGUCCUAGAAGACAGUCUACUAAACUGGUGAAAAUAAACCAGAUUAUAGUCCAAUACAGUUCCAUUCUCGUUGAAAACAUGAACCAUGUAAAUAAAGCCCUUGGACCCUUUUACUCCAGUUGUAAUGAUGGGAACAUGCAUAACCAGUUUUAUUCUUCCCAGAAGCAAAGGUAAUGUAGGGUUCUUAGCUGAGAACAUCAUUGCUUCUGGUCCUGUUUAGGUCACCUUGUGUCUUACUCCCAUUCAUAAUUAUAAAG